AUUCUCCUCAUUUUUCUAUCGACAUGGCAGCCGACCCAUUUCCUAUCCUUCAUCUUCCAUCCCUUGCCCUUCAAAAGUGUCUGAAACAGAUGAGCGUAGCGCAACUAAUUUCUAUAUCAUUUCUCUCGAAGAACACAACGGAAAUUAUCAGAAUGUUAGAAAAGGAAGAUAUAAAUGAAACCAUAACUUUAACGCAAUCAGUGUCAUUGAACCUAUCGUCAAAAUGGCUUAAAAUCUAUGAUUUUAUCUCCAAGCCCGACCAAAUUCUUCAGGCAGCAAAAAUCUGCGAGCAUUCAGUAAACAGUGGCCCAGAAGAGCUUUAUGUGCCAGGAUGCACAGUGAAACAGUUGAUCGAUCAAGUUGCAUAUUUAUUCUUCCAGAACGAGGGAAUAUUAUUACAAAUUGUAAAUCUUCAAAGCGACUAUUUGAAGGAUGUUGAAGAAUAUUCAAAAAACUUGAAUAUUGAAAUUUGCUUUAUUGAUUCCACAGAGAUUGAAGAAGUUCCGCUUCUUAAAUUUUUCUCCUCAGUGGAAAAGUUGAGAGUUUCUAAAAUCCGAAUCAGCAAUUCUGUCCAUAUUCAAAAUUUCAAAAAGUUGAAUCUUCCUGCCAUGACCCUUCACAAGAUACUAUGCUCAAACAGUUCCAAUAUUAUAGUGGAUGACAGUUUGCUCUCCAACAAAGAUUUGAACCUCCUGAUGAAGCAUUGGAUGAAAGGAUCCAACCCUCGUCUCCGAACAAUGGACUUUUGGGGACAAUACGGACCAGCUAUUCAAACCCCAAUUUUCGAAGGUAUAGACGUUGAGAAUUUGGAGCGGGAUUAUAGAUCGAACGACACAGUGUGUGAAAUUAAAAGGAAUGAUGGAACAAAAGCAGAGAUCAGAUUUUCACCAAGUCUGCGUCGUUUUCGAAUGAAGGUCACUUCAUUUUUCUAAUUGAAUGUUUUUCGUGUCGCUAUUUGUUUUCCAAAUAAAAGUUCUCAAUGAAAAAUUUUU